AUGGAUACGAAACCAGCUCAACAUCUGCCGCUCUAUAUGAGCCCUCUGACACUACAUAUGAUCCUAGUCUGGCUCAACAACGUCGAGGCUGGACGUCCGCCCACCGGGCCCGAGCACGACGGCGUGGAGGACCAGCACAAGUUUUCAGCCUAUGGCUACCCAUCAACCCUAAGAAACUCUCCGAGGUACCAAGAAAUCGGUCCUGCUCCGACUCGACUUCCACCGACGCCGGUCAGAGGCCCACGGCGCUUUGAGCUUUCGCCAUCUCGGCCGCCUGCGAUUCCGUCGAAAAAUCCAGCCCGAUUUGAGAGGCAUCCGGGUCAUCAAUGGCUGUGA